GUGCCAAAGUUAGACGAUUUGUCAAAAUUUACAAAAACUUUGCAACACGUAGUGGAUUUUUAAAGGAUUUUGGACGUCAAUAAUUAAUUUGGUUGAUUGAUCAUUCGCCAUGCCUACCAGUGAUAGUGACGAUUUUGAGAGUGCUGAUGAAGGUCAAACCAGCCCACAAAAGAAAGAGAGAAAGAAGCGAUUAUCUUCAUCAAAUUAUAGCGAUAACUUAGAAUCCGAUCAGGAAAACAAGAAAGGCCAAUCAAAAACAUAUUCAAUGGCUAAAAAAGAAACAACAGAUGGUUGGGAUGAUUUUGACAUCGAUGAAGGCUCUGAAAGUAUAACAAAAGUUAGCGCAGAAAAAGAUACUUCUGUACCGAAAUCAGAAAACACGACAAAAACAGAUGCCUCAACAAUAAAUACUGAAAAAGGAGCAAGCAAUGACUCGGGAUGGACUGAUUUUGACGACUGGGGAGACACUGAUCCACCCAAAACUGGCAAGGAUAAUAACAAGCAACCAGAUAGGAAUGUACAAGAAGUGACAGAACAAUUAGCAGCAUCAACAACUUCAACAAAGAAUGAAGGCUGGGGUUGGGGAUGGGGUAUGGACUCUAUACUGAGCACUGCUACCGCUGGCAUCACAAACCUCACCUCACAAGUUUCACAGGGGAUUUCAACAGUCUUAGAAACCAGUAUUGGGGCACCAGACCCUGAAGAACUUGCCAGAAAAACUUCACAAGGUGCUGAAAAUAAAUGUAAAACAGAGGAAAAUCUACCAAAAGAAGUUAACAAUGAAAAGCAGGAAGAUGUUAAGAACAGUGAAGCCCAAUUUCAAUUUGGAAGUCUUUUAUCGGGGGUUACAAAAUUUGUGGAAACAACUGGUACAAAGGUUUUAGCAGGUGGAUUAGAUACUCUAGAAACCAUCGGUAAGAAGACAAUGGAAGUCCUUCAAGACGGUGACCCAGGCCUGGUGAAGAAGCGAGCAAUGCUGGGUCUGGACGCAGCUGACAAGCCGGUACUCUCUCAAGUGCUGAGAGAAGCGAAAGCAAAGGCUGAUGAAGAAGACAGGAUCAAAGAACAGAAGAGGGAGGCUAAGGAGGUUCAUUAUGAAACACUGUUUGAUGAUUUUGAAGGGUUGGUACACUUAGAGGCACUAGAGAUGCUGUCGAGGCAGGUCAGCAUGAGGAUAGAAGAGAGGAUACGAGUAGCUGAUCCGAGCAAGCGGCAGGAUAUUAAAGAAACAUUGCAGCAAGUUGCCGUAAGUUUAAUGACAGUGGUGAUAACGAAGCACAUAGGUGAUAUCGCGACUCUGUUCACCGCUCGGCUAAAUUCCAUCACCGAUGAAGAUAAGGAACAAAUCAGCAAUCACAUCACCAAUAUAUUUUUAGAGGCGGAUAACAGUUGCAAGUACAUACAGAAUGCGUUCCAACUAGCGUUACCUAUUAUCCAGAUUGGUGCUGUUUAACAUAUAUGUUUAAAUAAAUAAUUCAAUUACCUGAAUGAAGAAAAGAAACCCUCAUACUAUGAAUAUGAAGGUAAUCCUCGGCGGUAUUUCCAAACCAAUAUGACUUAGGGUCCUUAAAGAAACGAGCCUACAAUUUCCUCAAAGGCAACGCAUCUGUAGUUCCUCUGGUGUUGCGGUGUCGUUUGCCCCCUUAUCUUAAAAAAAUACGUCAUCGAGCUUCUCGAGUCUCAUGUUAUUGUACACGCGUUGUAUUCAUAUGAAUAUUUAUUAUCUUAAAACACCU